GACCGAAAUGGUUCCAUGUUGAAUGGGGUGGAAGAUUACGGUAGCUGGUCAAAUGGGCAAUCCCUCAAUUGGUGACUUGGUACGCACGCAUACCGUACAUGUAUGUGAUUGGAAUCUGCCUUCCUUUCUCGAAGUAAACGUAAAUGGUCUUGCAUAAUUUCUGCGUUGAGCUGCCAUUCGUUCGUAGCAUGAACCAUGAAGGACGCUCUAACUCAAGAGCAGAUUGCUGAGUUUCUGGAAGCCUUCCGUCUUUUUGACAAAGAUGCAGAUGGCUGUAUAACCCUUGAAGAACUAGGCACUGCCAUCGGAUCAUUGGAUCAAAACCCUACCCAGGAAGAGUUGCGAUUUAUGAUCAGCCAGGUGGACACGGACGGCAACGGAACCAUUGAAUUCGGAGAGUUCUUGAAUCUCAUGGCUACCAAAAUCAAGGAAGCUGAGGCUGAAGCAGAAGGGGAAUUCCAAGAAGCUUUCAAGGCGUUCGACAUCGAUCAAGAUGGUUAUAUAUCACCCACCGAGUUGAGGCGUGUUAUGAUAACUGUGGGAGAGAGGGUGACAGACGAGGAGCUGGAGCAGAUGAUCAGAAUCGCCGACUUGGACGGCGAUGGGCUGGUGGAUUACCAGGAGUUUGUGAGGAUGAUGUUGGCUGCAUACGAAGCCUUCAUUACGUACGCUGUCUCGGCUGUGAUUAAGCUUUCUUGAUCCAUAUUUCAACACAAGUAUAGUUAAUUUCUUGUUUAAUUUAAUUCCUUCCUUUAUCAGAAAAUCGCCAUGCAUUGGUUUAAUUACUAGCUCCGAGUCAAGGGGGAGAUUUCAUUUCAAUGUCCUGAUAUUUUUGACGAUAUGAUUAAUCCUCGACGCAUACAUUGCAGGAAAAAUAAUAAUAAAUAUCCAACUCCAUGAGUAUUAAUUUGGCCAUUUAUUAUUACUGUUUUCAGUCUGCUAGCUUGCUGGAAAUAACACAUACAGUCAUACACGAGGCACCGCUUAUGUAUAUAUUCCAAUAAUUCCAAUGAUUAGUUCAUUAUCA